AUGCUCUCCGAGUUCAAUGCAGACGGCAGAGACAUGCAGCUCUUUGAUCUGAUGGAGGGGGCGGAGCGCGGGCGCCACCUCCUUAAAUAUGAGGCAAAGAAGAGCAACGAGAGCACCCUCGGGCUAUGCGAAUUCCCUUCGAGCAACCGGUACGGUGAGUAUGUGAACUACAAGGAGUGCUUCGAUCCUGCUCAACAGGACCGUGGCCGCACCGCUGAGGGCGUGCCCAUGGGGCAGGUGGAGCCCUGGAUUACUCCUUCCAUCGACAACGCGGUCCUGCUCGCCAACGAUCCUGGGAUAUGGUCGGUGCGUAACUUCCUCAGCCUAGCCGAGGCCGACAAGAUGCUCGCGCUCGUCAGUAAGUACGGCAAAGAGCUUGGCUUUUACGGGCCCUGCAAGCACGAGCACAACCACCGCGCGACUACGCACGCACACCCUUCGGAGGGCAAGGCCUGCUUCAAGAUCUCCAGCACAAAUGUCUGCGAAGGGCCAUACGAUCUCUCCGCCUGUGAAGCCGAAACCCACGCCGCAGACGGGGCCUUCAUUGAGAGCAUCAUCAGCAGGUUCGGGUCCAUGUGGCCUUUCGAUGUCGCUCCGGGGCCCUACGCGAAGUUCCAGCUCUCCCUGGGCGACACCCCACCAGUCGAUCUGCAUGUCGACGCAGAAAAGACGAUCUCCUUUGUUCUCUACCUGACGGAUGGAGGCGCAGCCAUGCUAUUCCCCCACGCCAAUGUAACCGUCACCCCAGAGAAGGGCACCGCACACACCUGGCUGAACUCCUACAAGGAUGGCACUCGCAACCCUAUGGCCGACCACGCUGUUCAAGCGCACCCAUUGUCCGCCGGUGAGAGAUUGGUCAUGCUCUUCGAAGUCUGCACGCCUCCGCAAGACAUAUUGGCCGCUGCAUCGUGGUCGACGUGCAGCUCAGUCGGUCUGGGACGCUAG